AUGGCGAGUACCGCUGACAGCCACAACACACCGCACGUGCCCGGCGCGCCGCCGGCGCCGCGGGAUGACCGCCUUUGUCCCGUGGAGCGGCUCCCCCGGCAGCUGCCGCCGGUGGAAGCACGGCACCGGGCCGCCCGGCUGUCAGCUCCCGGUGCUGGCCGAGGGGGGUCCCGGAGGAGAUGGCCCCGCUGCCGGGCACCCCCACCGAGGGGGCGGCCGGCCCUUGGGGGAUGCAGCGGAGCGCAGGGACCGCCGAGAGCGGCGGAGACAAAGGGGAGGCGGCUCGGGCAGGCCGGCCGCGCCCGGGGAGGCUGGGGAAGGCGCAGCCCAGAUGAAAAUGAAGCCGAGAGGCCAGAGGAAGAAAAAGCUAGUGCUCCACCCCCACCUGGAAGUGAAGAGGAAGCUGCAGAAAAUGGCGUUGUGAAAACGAAGGUGGCAGAGGCUGAGGAUGACAGUGAUAGUGAUAGUGAUGAUGAUGAAGAUGAUGUUCAAGUCACCAUAGGGGAUAUUAAAACAGGAGCCCCACAGUAUAGUUAUGGAGCGGCACCUGUGAACCUCAAUAUUAAGACAGGAGGACGGGCUUAUGGAUCUUCUGGUGCAAAAGUUAAAGGCGUGGAUCUAGAUGCACCAGGGAAUAUUAAUGGUGUACCCCUUCUGGAAGUAGAUUUAGAUUCUUUUGAAGAUAAACCUUGGAGAAAGCCAGGGGCUGAUCUCUCUGAUUAUUUCAACUAUGGGUUCAAUGAAGAUACCUGGAAAGCUUACUGUGAAAAACAAAAGAGAAUACGAAUGGGUCUUGAAAUUUUACCAGUUACCUCAACCACAAAUAAAAUUACGGCUGAAGACAAGGCUAUGGAAGUAAGACCAAGUGCAGAGAUUCUCGAUGGCAGAUACCAUCUUUUUAAGGUACAGCAGGGCAGAACUGGAAAUUUGGAGAAAGAGUUGGCAGUGCAGUCGACCAAAGCUGAUUUCACAUCUCCUCCUGCCUUAUUCAAAUCAGGAAUUCCAACAAACAGGCGAUUAUCUGGUACAAUAGAUGUGAUUGGACAGACCAUCACUAUCAGCAGGGUGGAAGGACGACGACGUGCUAAUGAAAACAGCAACAUACAGGUUCUUUCAGAACGAUCUAAUCCUGAAGUAGACAAUUUUACCAAGCCACCUCCAUUUUUCCCUCCAGGAGCUCCACCUACCCAUCUUCCACCACCUCCUUUCCUCCCACCCCCUCCUACUGUCAGUACUGCUCCACCUCUGAUUCCCCCACCAGGUAUACCGAUAACAGUGCCACCACCAGGCUUCGCACCACCACCUGGCGGUCCACCACCUUCCCUCAUACCCACAAUAGAAAGUGGACAUUCUUCUGGCUAUGAUGGUCGUUCUGUUCGUGCAUUUUCAUAUGGCAGUGGUUCUGCUCCUUCCUGGUCUAGUCUUAUGGACACCAGCAAACAGUGGGAUUACUAUGCACGGAGAGAGAAGGACAGGGAACGGGAGAGAGAGCGAUCCCGAGAUCGGGACCGUGACCGGGACCGAGACAGAGAUCGAGAACGUACCAGAGACAGGGAAAGGGACCGAGAUCACAGUCCGACUCCAAGUGUCUUCAACAGUGAUGAAGAGCGAUACAGGUACAGAGACUAUGCAGAAAGAGGCUACGACCGCCAUAGAACAAGUAGAGAGAAAGAAGACCGACACAGAGACAGGAGACACAGAGAGAAAGAAGAGACUAGACACAAGUCAUCACGAAGUAACAGCAGACGUCGUCACGACAGCGAAGAAGGAGACAGCCACAGAAGGCACAAACACAAAAAAUCCAAAAGAAGCAAAGAAGGAAAAGAAGCCAGCGGCGAACCUGCUCCUGAACAGGAAAACACUGAAGCUGCCCCUGUGGAAUAGGCUUGUGUGAUUUUUUUUGCCUACUUGCAUAUAUAUUAGUGCCAGAAAUAGAUUACUAUAAAUCUUGUUAUUUUUCUGGGUAUUAAAAUAAUUUGCUCUUAAUCUUGUUCUGUUAGUUUGAAAUCAAAGGUUACUUUGGUUUUUUUUGAAAAUAAAAGAAGAAUUUUUCAUGUUAA